AUGGCGCACCAGGUGUCCAUCGCCUUCCAGGACCUGGCCGUGCGGUUCUCUGAGGAGGAGUGGCAGCUGCUGGGGGAGGGGCAGAGGGAGCUCUACAGGGAUGUGAUGCAGGAGAACUACGAGGCGCUGGUGUCCCUGGGGACAGCUGAACUGCUCCCCCUCUCUGCCUUCCUGUCUCACACGGAGCCCGGAGGAACCAUGAGCAGGAGCACAGCUGGUGAGGAACAGGAGCCUCCCCGGGGAGGUGCCCUAGGAGGAGCACCCCAGCACAGCCUGCACCUCACCGCCCUGGUGCAGCUGGUGAAGGAGAUCCCGGGGUUCCUGUUCGGGGAAGUCGGCCCCGAGAACGGGGGAGCCAGCCUGGAUGGGGAGCGGGCGAGCCCCGAGGCAGCUGUGACGGCGGGGGCUUGUCCUCUCCAAGGCCUUCCAGAAGGCUGCCUGCCAGACACGCCCAUCGACCAGCCCAGUCUGGCCACCACACCCAGUGGAAGCUCCUCAGCCAGCGGUUCCCCUGGAGCCAGGGGGCAGGGAAGCCCCCUCCCCAGCAAAGCUGCAGACACAGCUGGGCCUGCAGAGAAGGAAGGCCCUGGAGCCCCAGGCCGGGAGCGCUGUCCUCCCGCCUGUAGCCCCGGCAGAAGGAGGAGCCACAGAAAACCGCUGGGAGGGGCUGCAGGGGCAGUGAAAACAGAGGCAGCGUCCGGGGAUUGUCCCCUCCAGGGUCUGCUGAACUGUCUGAAGGAGAUCCCGGUGGCCCAGGACGUGCACCGCAGCCCUUCGGGAGUGGGGCACCCGCAGCUGCAAGAGGAUCCGGGGUCCUGGAAAAGGAAUUGUGGAGGGCCCAGACCCCUGCAGACCCCUCCUCCCUGCCCCGGUGCCGGCCUCGUGCUCCCUGUGAAGACGGAGGACGGCUGGGCUCCAAGCCCCCCAGUGCCUGCGUCCUGUCAGCUCCGCAAGCGGACCCACGCCCCCGGUGCCACCAGCAGCCCAGCGGGCGACAGAGACACCAGUGGGGUCCGCGUGCCCAGCUGGGGCUCCACAGCUCAAGCCAGCAGUGCCUCGAGCUCACCUCUGGAAGCCCUGGAGGCCUGUCUGAAGGGCAUUCCCUUGAGUGGGUCGUUACCUCCCCAGCCGCCAGCCACCUCUUGGUUCCGGAGCCCCCAGCCAGGAGACCCUGGGUCUCAAAGGCCCGAGCUACAGCCCCGAGGAUCACACAAUCAAGGCGUGACUGUGGGGCCUCUUCUGGCUUUGGGCCUGCAGGGCUUCGUCAGGGAUGGCCCUGCCCUGCCCCCAGGUCCCCGCGGCACCCCCACCAGCUUCUCCUCAUCCAGCAGUACUGAUGGGGACCUGGAUUUCCAGAUCUCCGAGGGCAGCCAAGGGCGUAGGCCUGGCAAAGGAACCCCAGUCGGAAGUGCUCCACUCCAGGGCCUGGAGAACUGUCUCCGAGAAAUACCUGUGCCCAGGUCACAGCCCACCUGGUCCUGGUCCUCAGCAGGGGACAGAGAACCACGGAGAGUGGAGCCCAAGGCCUGGACAGCAGACAAGGAAGCCGGACUGAGGAGCGAGGCGAGCGAGCCAGUCCGCCCCAGCGGGGACGUGCCCACCCGGAGCCUGCGGCCAGCCAGCCCGCAGGCACUCGCCUCCAGCAGUGUCCCUGCCUGCUGCCAGCGAGGGCUCAGAAGCCAUGCGGCCACCAGGCCAGGGCCAUGGAGGUGGCUCCAGGAGGGGGCAGUCACCACGCCCUCCCCACUCCACUGCCUGGAGAGCUCCCUGAAGGGGAUCUUGCCUGGGAGGCCCCUGCGCUUCACCUGCUUGGCCGGCCCCGGCCCCGGCCCCAGCCCCGGCCCCAGCUCCAGCUCCAGCUCCAGCUUCAGCAGCUCAGAAGGAGAAGACCCCAGGCUGGAGCCUGAGCCCUGGCAGUCGCUCCUGCAGGACAGGGACCCUCUUCCCAGCAGCAAGAGUCCUGGCCCUCUGACCGCCAGCUCCAGCGGCCCCCCGACCGGCGGCAGCACUGGGACAGGCCCAAGGAGAGCAGAGCCCAGGGACCACUUGGUUCUCAGCUCAGGAGGAGCAGAGGAGAAGAUGGGAGGCAGGUCCCUGGUGCCCAGGACAGAAGUGUGCUUGGAGGCCCCGGGCCCGCCUGGCCCCCCGGGCAGCACCCGAGGAGGGCCAGCCGGGAGUCCCUGCCCUGCCCCUCGGCCUGAGAAAAGGCCUGGGCCAGGGCCCUGCCAGCCUCCCGGGCCAGCCGCUCAGCCCCUGUCCUGGAAGCUCAGGGUUAGUGAAGAAUCCGGGGGCCUGGGGCCUGGACACAGAGGACCAAGUGUUGCAGCCAGGACCGACAGGAGGCCACUUCCCAGAGGCCUUCCUGAGCCGCCCCCCGUGGCCACCGUCCCUCCCGCCUUGCCGCCGGCCUCCCCGCAGCCGCCACCGUGUCCCUGCGGGAGUGCCCUGCAGCAGGAGCUGCGCAGCCUCAGCGCCACCCUCUCGGAGAAGCUGGAUCGGCUCGCCACAGCCCUGGCAGGCCUGUCCCAGGAAGUGGCCACCAUGAGGACCCAAGUGGAUCGACUAGGGAGGCGCCCUCAGGGCCCUGGGCUAAAGGGCCAGGCUUCCUGGCCGUGGGGCCACCCCCGGCGACCUCACUGGAUUCAUGGCCCUGCUCACAGACACCUGCCCUACUGGAGACAGAGGGGCCCCACCAGGCCAAAGCCAAAGCUCCUGCGGGGCCAGGUGGAAGGCUGCAGGGCUGGCGACGCCUCAGGCCCCUCCCAUGGGACGCUCCCCCCAGUGCCGCCUCUGCCUCCAGAGGCCCCCCGGGCAGAACCUCCUGGGACCAGCUCCAGCCCGGCCCAGCAGCCGCCAUCCUCAGCAUGCAGCCGUGCUGUGCUCACUGUGCACCCCCCGCCCGGACACACCGGGGGCCCUCAGAGCGCCCCUGCCCCUUCGGUGCCUGCUGCCUUCCCCCCCCAGAUGGCCUCUCCUGCCACCAGCGCGGACGCAGAGCUGCCGGCUGCUGCAGCUGCACCAACUAGACCCCGAAACUGGCCCAAGGACACAAACAGCCUGCUGGUGGGAGUCCAGAGAGCCCUCGAGGAGGAACUGUGGGGUGGAGAACACAGGGACCCGAGGUGGGGUUCCCCUAACCGCCUUCUUCAUCAGCUCAGCCCUGAGGGUGCCCUGCCCCCGGUCGCCUCUCCUAGGGGCCAGCCGGCUCCCGCACGCCACUCCAGCCAAACCUUCCCCAUUUCUGGGCUGUGAAGGGCUGGGCGUGCCCCUUGGCCUGACCACCCCAGAGUCCAGGACGUGUUUGCUUGGGGGGCUCCCACUUGGGGUGCAUCCCUUAGCCAUACCUCUGUCC